GCGCAGCGUGCGCAUGCGCACUGCUCCCUUCCGCCCCCCCUUCCGCCGUCGGCCGGCGCCGGUGGAGCGGGAGAACGGCCGCCGUGCGGAGCCGCGGGCCCGGCGGGCGGAGGAGCCGCCGCCAUGGUGUUCUACUUCACCUCCAACGUUGUUCCCUCCGUUUACACCAUUUACAUGGGAAAAGAUAAGUAUGAAAAUGAAGACCUAAUAAAGUAUGGCUGGCCUGAAGAUAUCUGGUUUCAUGUGGAUAAACUCUCUUCUGCACAUGUGUACCUUCGGUUACACAAGGGGCAGACAGUGGAUGACAUUCCUAAAGAAGUUUUGAUAGACUGCGCCCAUCUAGUGAAGGCGAACAGCAUUCAAGGUUGCAAGAUGAACAACGUCAACGUGGUGUACACGCCGUGGACUAACCUGAAGAAGACAGCGGACAUGGAUGUGGGGCAGAUCGGCUUUCACAGGCAGAAGGAUGUGAAAAUGCUGACAGUGGAGAAGAAGGUGAACGAGAUCCUGAACCGGUUAGAGAAGACAAAAGUGGAGCGUUUCCCAGACCUGGCUGCUGAGAAGGAAGCCCGGGACAGAGAGGAGAGAAACGAGAAAAAAGCCCAGAUCCAAGAGAUGAAGCGGAAGGAAAAGGAAGAGAUGAAGAAGAAGAAAGAGCUGGAGGAACUUAGGAGCUACUCAUCGUUAAUGAAGGCUGAGAACAUGUCGUCGAACCAGGAUGGCAACGAUUCAGAUGACUUUAUGUAAAUAAAGUCUGUCUCUCUCCUUUCUCAAUCCUGAGGUGGUUUGGGAUGUCUUAAUAUGUCACCAUCGCUAAGAAUGCCAAAAAAAAAAAACCCAAAACAAACCCAAAAAAGUGAAUGCCGACUCCAUUUCUUCAGAACCAGGUUGGUUCUCCCAGCAGCCUCUGUGCCAUGGACAACUUCGGGAAGGAGAAGACCCGUACGUCCGCGCAUACAUCUCUUUUUCAGGGACGUGGGUGGAAGGAAGCGGAAUUGACUUGCGGUUCUCCAAAGACAAUGAUAUUUAUUCUAGGGAAAGGGUUUGGUGUGUAGCUUUUAAUCCGACGGGAUUUAAAGAAAAGAAAACCACUUGGGGCUGUCUCGCCGCUGUGCUAGCAGCGGGGUGACUCGGAUGUCGCCGCUAACUCGGUGGGGACAUGAAGGCGACGCUGCCGACCACCCAACUCUCGGAACGGGUCGGCAAAGCUGGGGGGCGGCCCCUCUACAAUUUGGUGGCGGGGGACGGGCGGGGGGUGGACGUUUGGCCAAGCUCACGGCUGCUUUGCCGACCUCCCCAGCCUUCGCUGGCCGUAAAUCUGGUGGCUCCUCGUUAAACACGGAGCUCCAGAUGAUGAAGAUGGAGCUCGGCUGUUGCUGGAGCGCAGGACCGCCGGCUGGGGUAUGUGCCGUUAGCACGGAAUGAGGAUAGCCCCGCGCUGUAUUUUCUUUGAAAUUACGCUUGAUUUCGGGGCUGUUCCUUGAAAACCUUCUCUGGUUUGUGAAGGAGAGUUGAGUUUCGCGCAGCGUCCAGGCCGGAGCUCUUGCCUGAGCGCUCGGUAAGGUUUUGUGGCUAAGUCUGUACGAAAAGGUCACGAUAAUCCUUGCGGCGCCUGUGUCUAUGUCACGAUUAAAUUCAUAACAUGCUGGUAAAA